UUCUCAAUUUAUUUCAUUAAUUAUAACAGUUCUCUAGUCAUAAGAGCCAAUGGUUUUUGAAGGCAUAUGUUCCACUUAAAACAUUGUUUUCAGUUAAAUAGAUUAUACUUACAUUUGGAUUUAGCUUAUUAUUGGUGAUGCACUAAUUGAAAAAUUCUAUUGGAACUCAAUUACUACUAAGUAUGCCUUUUUUUAAAGCUAUAAGUGUUGCUGUCAUUUGUUCGAGUAAUAUGAAUAGAAGUAUGGAGGCUCACGCUUACCUUAGCAAAGAAGGUUUUAAUGUUAAAUCUUUCGGAACCGGUGAUAAAGUAAAAUUACCCGGUAAUGCUCCUGAUCGUCCUAAUAUUUAUGACUUUGACACAACAUAUGAAGAAAUUUAUAAUGAUUUACUGAACAAAGAUAAACAGUAUUAUACACAAAAUGGUCUUCUACAUAUGUUAGACCGUAACCGCAGAAUAAAAUUAAAACCUGAAAGAUUUCAAGAAUCAAAAGACAAAUUUGAUAUAUUAAUAACCUGUGAAGAGCGAGUGUAUGAUCAAGUAAUAGAAUCCAUGGAAUCUAAGGUUCAAAAAGAUAACCGACCUGCUCAUUUGAUAAACAUUGACAUUCAAGAUAAUCAUGAAGAAGCUACUGUAGGGUCUUUUCUUAUUUGCGAAUUAGUUACAGUGCUAUCCAAAAGUGACGAUCUUGAUAAUGAUAUUGACGAACUACUUCAUGAAUUUGAGUCCAAAUUAGAUAAAUCGAUGUUACAUACAGUUCUUUUUUAUUAAAGUAUAUAGUUUUUAUUAAUAAUUCGUUAUGCAAUGGAUAACAUAUUUACCUACAGUCAUAGAGCCUUAGAACAACUUAGUUUUUUUUUUGUUAUUUACAUUUUUUAACAACAAUAACAUUUAUGAGAAUUCUGUUUCAUCGUAAGUGAUUGAGCCAAUAAAAAGAAUAUAAUCAUCGCAUGUAUAAGGUUAAACGUUAUAUUCCAUCAGUGAUCCAGAAAAAGUUAUCCAAAUAUAUUUUGCAUACAACCUUAGAGCAUAUACUAUACUGGAGUGAGCAUGCAAGCAGCUGAGAGCGUGACAGGGCGACCGAGUGUAUAGACCACCCCGACCCUAGCCCACAAAAUGUUAAAAUUUGCAAUAAAAAAAAUAUCAGUACACGUAUUUUGAACUGCACAUUUCGCCUGUACAAAUUAUUUUAAUUGCACACGUCUGAAAUGGGCAAAAAAAAUUAACAAACAUCAAGCACUUUUAGGGAGACACUAAACGGUCCAUAUCUUCGUAAUGAAGGC